UUCCGUCCUAUCCAUAAUUGCCUUCACAGGGACAGGAUACUCGCCGAGGUCAUGCUGAUUUUCGGUGUUAUGCUGAUGGUUAAUUAUAUAGUGAUUGCUGAGACCGCCAAAACAUUAAACGUCAUACUGGUGGCCAUUGGACAGAAUCCAGCUUACGGUUACGCGACAACUUUGCCGGUUUACUAUGUCGCGCUUGACCACUUGCGCCCGCAGUUUCCAAAUGUUCUUAAUAAUAUAUCCAUACAUACCGUAUAUUUGCCAGGCGCAUUCACUUGUGCCGCGGCUGCGGAUGCGAUGAUCCCUUUAGCGGGGGAGAUACAGCAAAUCCUCAUCCGACUUACCGGACUUACUGUCAUAAUGACUCCAGGCUGUAGUGCGGAAGUAAUGGUACUGGGCGACUUUGCUCGAGAGUGGAAUGUCUUGUUCUUAUCCAGCACCGCCGGUGACCAAGCAUUGGCCAAUAAAGCACGCUAUCCAACGGUGGUGACAUGUGCUCCUCCUGACCAUCCCGCCAUCUCCCUGGCAGCCCAGACGUUUCUUCAACGCUACAAAUGGCAGACCGUAGCGUUUUUCUGCGAUGACCUCAGCGAGUAUCCCGGCUUAGGCACAUUCUUCUACCUUUCGUGCCGCAACGUGAAGAGACUCAUGGAGACUCAAUUAGGCCGGUUCAAUAUUUACAUGUAUCCUUUCGAUACACCAAACUUUACCGAUUUUACGGGAAUUUUAACGUCCGUGCAGAGCCGCGCCAGAGUGGUAAUUAUCUUCAGCCUCCCAAAAGUUGUUCGCCAAAUUCUGGUUACGGCGUAUCGAUUGAACAUGACAAACGGCGAUUACAUUUUUUUGUCAUCCAGAAUGGCGCGGGCUCCUGGCGAAGGAAAACAAACGUGGAAAUAUAACGAUAGUGACGAUCCCACUGCAUUCGAGGCUUUUAGAAGUCUGAUAUACUGGGAGCAUCCAGCUGCUCAAUGGGACAAAGUAAUGGAUGUGAUGGACGACGUUGCUCGUUAUGCACAGGCCAAUUUCAACCUUUCCCUUACUGAGGACGAUAAGUACAACGACUAUUCGGUUACGGCUUAUGAAAUCACUUCGGCACUGGCAACGGUGUUAAACGAAAGCUACACAUUGCCGGACGAAGAGCUGCUGGAUGGUAGGCAGUUCGCCAAGAAAUUCUGGAACAGAACAUUUAGCUUUCCAUGGCGUAAUAUAACGAUUAGUCCAAACGGGAUGCGACAAGGAGACGUAUGCUUUUACCGUCUAAACCAGACUAGCGGUGCCAUGGAGGAAGCCUGGCAUUUUUACGCAGCAACUGGCCUCUUGGUCAACGUAUCCCCACUGGCAGAUGAAUGGCGCAGUGCACUGGGGCCGCCUACCAAUAUGCCUGUGUGUGGAUAUCUCAACAAUUUGUGCGACCAAUCCGACUCGGCCCGCACGGCGGUCAUCGCAAUUGUUGUGUCCGUGUCCCUCAUCUUCCUGAUAGCAAUGACCUUUCUGGCAUACAGGAAAGUGUUGUAUUGCACUACUUGCUGCAGUAAAAUAAAGUUUUAUGACGAUCUAUAG